AUGCUACCACAUAUUACUCUAUUUAUCAGUUUAUUUCAAAAUUUCUCUUCUACUAAUAGUAUAGUCUUUUCUUCUGAUACAUCAAAGUUAUCUAUUAAUAUGUCUUUCGGAGGUGGUUCGACUGAGCAAGGUAAUGCAUCUGCGUUGGAAAGUUCAUCAAAUUCAUCAAAAGCAAAUGAAACCGUCGAUAUAGUUCAGUUAACAAAAAUAAUUAAUGGUAUUAAGAACGAACUUUCAUUGGCUAAAUCUAGAAUAUAUAUUCCUAAAAAUCCUCAAAUAAAAUACCCCAAAUGUGAUCAGUGUAGUAAUACUGAUGCCUUUUGGAUUUUAGGGCUAUUUCUGGCUUUGUUCUUUUUAUCUUUCUAUGUGUCUUCGAUUAUUUAUUACUAUACUACAAGAGACAAUUAG